GGGUACAUCGAAAUCACCAAAACAAAUGACAUAACCUAAAGAUGAUGAAAAACAUAUUGUAAAAACUGUCAUGUUCUGACAGACGUUAUAGACUUACCAAUUAAAUGUAAUUAUUUUUCUACUUCCUCGCAAAUGUAUUUAUAAUCCACAAGCAAUAUAUUAAUUAGGCGUGGAAGAUACCAUCCAGUGCAAUGUUCUAAAAGUGCCUUAUCGUUAUUUUCAUUUCGAAACGAUUUUUUAAGCUACCCACACCCACCAAAAUAAUGAACAAAUUACAAGUGAUACGAAAGUGCAAUUUGACCAAGAAGCGAAAUUUUAUCGUCGGAUUUGUGAUUGGUUUAACGUUGACCAUUGUCUUGCCCGAAGAUGAACUGUUCAAUGUCGAACAGUGUCCGGAAACGGUGUCCCAGAACCCGGAGUACAUGGACAAUUUCCAGCCGCAACUGAAUCUAAACAACAAACCGAUGGCCGCAAAAAAAGCGGUCAAAAACAUUGUCCGGCCCAGAUACUAUUCAUCCGAAUUGGGCAUCCGGGAAAAGCUGUUCGUCGGCGUAUUGACAUCACAAUCGAAUAUCAAUACGCUGGCAACGGCUUUCAAUAAAACCGUCGCCCAUUUGGUCGACAAAAUCAAGUUCUUCAUCAAUGCUGACAACGUUCGGUCCAAUUUCAAAUUGAAGAAUAUUGUCGGCUUUACGGACACGCGAGAGAAUCUGAGGCCGUUCCAUGUGUUGAAAUACGCAGCCGACAAUUAUCUCAACGAUUUUGACUAUUUUCUGCUGGUCAACGACAAUGUCUAUUUGGAUGCGAGACGUCUGCUCGACCAAUUGAGACACUUGAGCAUUAGCUUCGAUGUUUACAUGGGCAAUAAGAUGAACGACAGCCAGUACUGUGACCUGAACAGUGGAAUUGUGUUGAGUAGCAGUGCCAUCAAAAAAAUUCGCGGCAAUUUGGAUUGGUGUGUGAGAAACGCACGGUCGAGCGAUCACAGCACGAACAUUGGUGCUUGCGUGGAAUACUCAACCAAAAUACCCGGCUGCUACCAGUCGUUUCAAGGAAUCGACUACCGAAGCACCAAAAUCAACACGUACAACAUUUACCAUGACUUGGUUAUGCUAUCGUUAGAUCCAGCCUUCAAUAAUGGUUUCGUUUUUCAUCCGGUCAAUACUGCCAACGGCAUUCUCACCCUUCACACAUACUUCUCCAGGCUAAAUUUGGAAUCGAUAAAAUCGUCCAGCAUCAAACUGAAGCAGCAACUGCACAACAUUUCAAACGGUUCCAUAUCAAACGACAUAUUGGAAGUGAAAUGGCCGGAAGGCGUUCCCGAAUCCGACAAACCCGAAACCCGCCAUGACAUCGUCGUAUGGCAAUUGAUGAAUGCAACGCACCAAUUCAUGCCCGACCAUGAACACAACACAAAGCCACUGUCAGCGCUCGAAGCCAAGGACCUGUUGAAUAUUUUGAACCACACGUUGCUGUUCGCAAAGAAACAGCACAGCGACUUGAAUUUCGUGCGGACGCAUUCGAUUUAUCGACGAUUCGAUGCUGUGCGUGGUAUGACGUAUCAGUUGCAUCUGAACUUCAUGUCCGAACACGGACGUGCCGUGUUGAAGAGUUUUGAAAUAGUGAAACCAUUGGGCCGCGUAGAAAUAAUCCCAUCACCCUAUGUGACUGAAAGCACAAGAGUUGCGCUGUUGGUGCCGGUAUUCGAACACCAAAUUUCCGAUGCCAUAAACUUUGUCAAUCGAUACGAGAAGAUGUGCAUGGAAAGUCAGGACAAUACAUUCCUGAUGCUAAUAUUCCUGUACAACAUCGAUUCCCCCAACAAGGGCGAUCAGGACCUGUACGCACAAUUGAAAAAACUGGCACUCGAACUGUCCGAUAAGUAUCACAAUAUCGGUUCGCGUAUUGCGUGGUUGUCGAUACGCUUGCCGCAAGCAUUUCAACCGAUUGGCAUCAAUGCUACCAUGUUGACGAGUACCUAUGCUCAAAAUGAAAUUCUGAGCUUGGCGGUGACUGAUCUGGCAUUGCGAAAAAUUGGUCUGGAGAGUUUGGUGAUGAUCGGUUCCGUGUCGAUGACAUUCAAAGCCGAUUUUCUCAAUCGAGUUCGCAUGAACACGGUACAGGGCUUUCAGAUCUUCAGUCCGAUUGGCUUCAUGAUGUAUCCGUGUGACGUCACUAAACUAUGCAAAGAAUGUGAUUCAUGCGAUGUGAGCCAAGCGUCCGGUUAUUUUGACAAAUUUAACGUCGAUGUGCUGGCUUUCUACAGUGGCGAUUAUGUUGAAGCUCGAAAAUAUCUCGAAUCUCAAGUGCCUAUUGUACGAACGGACAACGAUAUUGAGUUGCUAGUGAAUCGACGCGACAAAUCUGUGAAAAAUAUUCUCGACAUGUUUCUUAAGGCAAAAAUGUCGCUGCAUGUGCUACGAGCGAUCGAACCGAAUCUCAGAUUCGGAGCGGCUGUAAAGGAGCUGAUAGCCAAAACCAAAGAGGCACCAAUUUGUCCGUACUGGAACGAGGAUGGUGCCGACCAGUGUGUGCACAUCUUUUCACGUAAACAAAUUGGUGACGUUUUGAUUAAGUAUUUAGUGGAUAAACGGUGACGAUAAGCGGGGUUCUGCUUGGGUAUCGAUAAGAUUUUAUUCGUUUUGAAUUUAGGUUUUUGUUUUUAGCACAAGAGAGACUAUAUUUUUAGAUUGACAGGAGAUAAAGCCCCAGCCAUAGAUGUACACACAAAAUGUUAAAACAUUUUUUAAUUUUAAGGGAAAACGUAUCGCGAUUUUAAAUUAGAAUACACAUACAGAGACACACAUACAUGCGUACUGCGUACAGCCUAUUUUUAUGAAAUAAAAAUUUUAUUUUACUCCCUUUA